CGGCAUUGGCCAAUCGGAUCGAUCGAAUAAAUACACGAGGGCGCGUUGCUUCUCCGCUGACAUCAUCUGGACCGAUUGGUAAUCUUGGCAGAUCAAAGUUGAAGAUAAGAAAAGGACAUCGAUACAAGACUCGAAGACAAUUCCAGAGUUCCCGGACUCUAACUAUUAUUAUUGACUCCAUGUUCUCUGCGUCUGCCGUCUUCCACUCGCUCAGACGAACAAUCCCUUCGAACUCCCGCGUGGCGCUUAAAAAGAACACCUACAGCACGCGUACCUGGUCAUCUACCCCUCGAUACUCACCACUCGGUUCUGGUCAACCGAGAAAUAAAAACAGUGCCAAAAUGUCCCACGCAGAUACUGGCAAGGAUGUCCCAGCUUCCAGACACCCAGACUUUAAGGCUGUGGAGGCCUCUCGUCCGUCCUGGCGCGAAGAUGUCUCGCCCAACUACACCAAGACCCGCAAACCGGACUGGAAGCCUGGUGAGGGAGCUACAGAUGGCGGGGAGAGCUUGAAGAAGAAACAUGUGGAAAUUGACCCGUAUGCGGAGGGGAGGCCGGCAACUUUCAACUAUAAGCUGUUGAUUAGUGCGAUUGUGCCCAGACCGAUUGGCUUUGUGAGUACAACAUCGGCGGAUGGAAAGGUAACAAACCUCUCCCCGUUCAGUUUCUUCCAGGUCAUGGGCUUCGAUCCGCCUUUGUUCGUGAUCGGUUUCUCGUGCAGCUUGGAGAACGCAAAGGAUACCUUAAAGAAUCUGAUUGACACCAAAGAAUGCGUCAUCAACAUCAUCUCUGAAGAUUUCCUCGAAGCCUCCAACAUGACAUCCAUCAACGCUCCCUACGGCGUGUCUGAGUUCCCGAUCUCCGGUCUCCAUCCUGCAGAGUCUCGUGACGUGAAGGCACCGCGCGUCAAGGAAUCAGUGUUCUCUGUUGAGGCGAAGCUUGUGGAGACCAGGGAAUACAACAGUCGAAGGACUGGAAAGCCGACGUGCACCAUGGCCGUUAUCGAGGGUCUCCGGUUCUGGGCUCGUGAGGAUGCGGUUAAUGAGGAGCGGAACUUGUUGGAUAUGAAUGUUCUACGCCCCAUCUCUCGUCUCGGUGGCAUCAGCUAUGGUCGACUGACUGACUGCAUCGAACUUCCCCGGCCAGAGUGGAACAAAUUGUCAGCCGAAGAGAAGGAAAGGUUCCAAUCUGCGUCCAAGUCUGUUUGAGUGCGUUUCUUUCUUUGUAUAUCGCGGUCAUCAGCAGGGUAUAGGAUUCAUUAGACGUGAAGUUAGGCGACUUAUUGCAGGUAUGUCCCUUAGAUUAACAUCCCCUAGAGGUUUUAUACCAUAAUAUUAUUCAUGUGAUAUCAUAGAAU